GAUGGCUGUGACCCGAACCCCUGUGAAAAUGGAGGCAUCUGUUUGUCGGGACUGACAGACGAAUCAUUUUCCUGCGAGUGUCCAGAUGGCUUCACGGAUCCCAACUGCUCUAGCAUUGUGGAGGUUGCAUCAGAUGAAGAAGAGCCAACUUCAGCAGGUCCCUGCAUCCCUAAUCCCUGCCAUAAUGGUGGAACCUGUGAGAUCAGCGAAGCUUACCGCGGGGACACCUUCAUAGGCUAUGUCUGUAAAUGUCCCCGUGGAUUUAAUGGGAUCCACUGUCAGCACAACAUAAAUGAAUGUGAAGCUGAGCCCUGCAAAAACAGUGGAAUAUGUACAGACCUUGUUGCUAAUUAUUCCUGUGAGUGCCCAGGAGAAUUUAUGGGAAGAAAUUGUCAGUAUAAAUGUUCAGGCCCAUUGGGAAUUGAAGGAGGAAUCAUAUCAAAUCAGCAAAUCACAGCAUCCUCUACCCACCGAGCUCUGUUUGGUCUCCAGAAGUGGUACCCCUACUAUGCACGUCUUAAUAAGAAGGGUCUUAUCAAUGCCUGGACAGCCGCAGAGAACGACAGAUGGCCCUGGAUUCAGAUAAAUUUACAAAGGAAAAUGAGAGUUACUGGUGUGAUUACCCAAGGAGCAAAGAGGAUCGGGAGCCCGGAGUAUAUCAAGUCCUACAAAAUCGCCUACAGCAACGACGGGAAGACGUGGGUUGUGUACAAAGCCAAAGGGACCAGUGAAGACAGGGUGUUCCGUGGAAAUGUGGACAACAAUACGCCCUAUGCUAACUCCUUCACUCCACCCAUCAAAGCGCAGUACGUGAGACUCUAUCCCCAAGUGUGCCGGAGGCAUUGCACUUUGCGAAUGGAACUGCUGGGCUGUGAACUAUCAGGCUGCUCAGAGCCUCUGGGAAUGAAAUCAGGGCACAUACAAGACUAUCAGAUCACUGCCUCUAGCAUCUUCAGGACGCUCAACAUGGACAUGUUCACAUGGGAGCCAAGGAAGGCCCGGCUGGACAAACAAGGCAAGGUGAAUGCCUGGACCUCGGGCCACAAUGACCAGUCACAAUGGCUGCAGGUGGAUCUUCUUGUCCCUACCAAAGUAACUGGCAUAAUCACACAAGGAGCUAAAGAUUUCGGUCAUGUCCAGUUUGUCGGGUCCUACAAAUUGGCCUACAGUGAUGAUGGGGAACGCUGGACAGUGUACCAGGAUGAAAAGCAAAGAAAAGACAAGGUUUUCCAGGGCAAUUUCGACAAUGACACCCACAGAAAAAAUGUCAUUGACCCUCCCAUCUAUGCACGGCACAUAAGAAUCCUUCCGUGGUCCUGGUAUGGGAGGAUCACGCUGCGGGCUGAGCUGCUGGGCUGCACGGAAGAGGAAUGAGAAACCUGCACACUCCACGAACCUUUUUCUUUAUUCCCCUAAAAGUAUCUCCAUGGAAGGAACUGUGCAAAUCUGUAGGAAACUGAAUGGGUUUUUUUUAUUAAUGAAAAGUGUUCAAAUUAUGGUAGGCCACCAACUGUCUUCUUAAGGAGGUCUAAGCCUGCCUUUUCAAUGAUUUGAUUUUUAUGGUUCAACUCUCUUAAGUAACAUCACAUUAACUGUGAAUUACUUUUUUCAUUGUUUUCAGAGUUAUUUACAUUGGUUGAAAUACGUUAGGGAAAGAAAGUAGCCUUCUUUUUAUAGCAAAGGUUAAAAAAAAAACCUCAUAGUUAUCAAAUAAAAGAAUAAGUGGAUAGAGCUUUUACAAGUGAUGCUUAAUUCUUAAUAAAAAUACUACAAUGUUAGCAAUAAGUUUUUUUUAAUGACUUUGCAUUAUCUUGUUCCCUGUGCCUAACACUCAGUGUUUAUAAUGGAAUUUUGAAGAAUCUGUAACAUUCGGUACUAAUUAAUAUUAUAAUCCUCAUCUUACUUUCAUUUUUCUAAUUGGAGGUGGAGUAACUUUUUUCCCUGUUGACUCAAGUCUGUGUUCUUUACUUUGCUUUUUGCCUGACGGAGCCAGUAUUUUUCCAAUUGAAACCUUUCCUAUUAUUUGCCUAAAGCAAGUGUUGUGUUCAUUUAUAUCUAUAGAACAUGAUUGAAUAUCGAUUGAUCCAUAUUUAAUAUCAAUUAAAUGUUUUAUUUUAUUUUAAAGAAAACUGUAACUAUGUAAUUCCCCAGUGCUUCCUUUUUGAAGAGUUCCUUACUGUCAUUUUGCUCCAAGGAACAAAUAAUUAUUAUGUCCCUGUAAAUUUAAGUCUUUGUUUUCAUAGUAUUUAAUUAGCCUUAUAUUUACUUUGAAAUAAUGGAGUAAUGAAUUCUUUGUCUAUUUCAGAAGCAUCUUGCAAACUAAUAUGAACACAGUGCCACAUCAUUUGGCCAAAUGUACUCAUCUUCCCACACUUCCUAUGAAGCCAAACUUUUGUCAUAUUUAAAACUGGUGGUGGUUUCCCAGGAAAGCACAUUCUGUAGUUAUCUGUAAUAAGCAAAGUAUUUACUAAGGACAAUAUUGUACACCAUUCUCAAGACAAAAAUUGAUUUCUAUUUAUUUUGCCUCAAAGGUCCUGAAAAAAUAAGCAAUUAUCAUAACAAUUUGUUAUUGAUAAUGGAGGGUUCAUUGACAUGUCUCUCAAAUUAAAGCUCACCCUGCCUCCAUAGAAGUCCUCAACCUCUAAUUCAUAAGCUUUACAAGUAUUUAUUUUAUAAGGCUUAGACACAGAGUUAUGGGAAUUUUAAAUAAGGGUCCUGGACAAGAAAGGAUGGCAUGUGUACAAAAUAUUAAGGUCCUGACUGACACAGAGAAGUUUUUUUUUCUUUAAUACUUGUGCUGCAUCACAAAAGCCACUAGACUGUUAAUGUCCUGUGCGUCCCUGUGUUAACACCAUUUCUUAAUGAUGUAUAUAUGCAGUGCUCUUCGAUCAUGGUAAGAAGUUGAAGAGAAAGCCAAUCCAUUGACACAUUUAGUGAGAAGCAACGAACUGAUCUAAGGGGACUGACAGACCACAUGGAGGUUCCAAGCUCACAAGUUUUCUACUUCAGGUUCUUAUAAAAUUGUGGAAUUUAAGCCCCUGCUCAGUUUCCAACAUCUUUCAGCAAUGAAUUAUCACGUCCUCAGAAUUCUCUUUUGUAGUAGACUAAAGCUGAGAAUGCAAAAGAUUUUUAAGUGACUACAUUUUAAUUCACAUUAUACAUAAUUACUAAGAUUCAAAAAUAUCCACACACGAACAGUGCAGCCAGUGGUUCUGAUUUCCUUUGGGGUUUAAAUUUCUGAGUGUUUUUCUUUACACAUGAUGCAGGAUUUUUAUUUUAAGAUUAUAUUUUAAAUGUUAUGAAUAGUACUUUGUGUUAAUUUACAUUUCCAAGGUUAUUCAUGGCUUUGUGUGAUAUUUUGAAUUUUUUAUACUGAUAGCUAUUAAAAAAGAGUUAGUUAAAAUUAUAUUUGUUACUUUUAGAAAGAUGCUGAAAUUGCUUUCACUUGCUUGUACAUUUAUUCUCUGUUUUAUUUGCUCUUCACAAUUCAGUGUAUCCAAUGGAAUAUUUGUCUCCUGAUGACCAAAAUAGAUGACAGCAAAGAGACUCCCACAUGUGGACAUGUUCAUAAUUAUUAUGAACCAAACUUUCUGUCACUUGUGUCAACGAUGUUAUAAUGAAGCAAAUUUAUUUGCUUUUAAUUCUCACUGAAGUAAAUCUUAUAAGCAGAAAACAAGAAUUAUCUAACCUUCGGACUAUAUUAACUAUCUUGUGUUAAUUUUUUUAUUUAUGAAACUAAAAAUUCAUCCAUCCCCAUUUUAUCUGUGCCCCAUUGACAGCACUUAUCAGUCACUCAUGGCAUUUAAGGUUGAUUUUUUCUUUCUGAAUGACUUCAUAAAGAUUGGGAGAAUAUUGAAGACUUGGGGUACUAAUGUCUUUACCUUCACUAGUCAACAAACUAUGAAAUGUAGACUGAAUGCUGGCUUGUGAAGGGUCAGUAAGUUCAAAAAUAACUGAGACACGAUAACCUUUGCAAAUUUUCAAGCUGUGUAAUAUCCUAAUGUUGUUUUAUUUUUCUUUGUAUAUAUACUUAAAUCAUGUAGGAUGUUGUAAAAUCAGUAUGACAUUGUCUAGUCUUUAAACUUCAAAUAAACUUUUCAAAAUCUGGGAUACUUUUCAA